AUGAGUGUGGGAAGACAAGCAGAAGUAGCAAAAACACACUUAAUGGGGUAUAUGGAAGAAAAAAGAGGCACAUGGACAUUGGGUGUUCCUCUUAAGUUUCAAUCAAAAUACCUUGUAACGGUAAACAGUGUUACUUGCAUAAAUUCGAGCUUUAGAUUGCUGAGAGCAUUUAUUACAAUAUACAUCAACAUUUCACCUCACUUUCUAUUAAACCCUUUUCCUCCUGGAUCAUCAAAACCAAGAGUAAAUUCUCAAACAUCAUAUUCACCUCUCAUAAGCUUGGAGCCUCCAAAAUCUGAGAUAUCUCUCUUUGAAACUUCAAGGAUCAUAUCAUUAUCAAAUGGCCCAGCUGCAAGUCUGAGAACCUCGAUGGAUAGCCAGAUGAAAGGAAAGCAACCAGAAGAAAAAGACCAUGAGCACCAAGAAGAUGUAAACUAUGAUCUUCUGUUGGAUCUGAGCUUCUCCAGCAAAGAUGAUUCGGAUUCGAAUCAAGAGCUGAAGCCUGAACUCAACCUCAUCGACUGUUUCAAGACGGAAUCACCCGAUGAUCAAGAUUCUUUGGAAAAUCCUCAUCAAGGUAAUGAAACUGAGCCUAGAGUAUUUUCAUGUAACUAUUGCCAAAGAAAAUUUUAUAGCUCACAGGCUCUAGGAGGGCACCAAAAUGCACAUAAGCGAGAAAGAAUAUUAGCGAAACGAGGACAGCGGAUUGGUGCAGUCUCUUUUUCAGCUUUCAGUCACCCUAAUACACAUCUUAGGCGAUAUUCUAGCAUGGCUUCCCUUCCUUUGCAUGGUUCUUUCAAUAAAUCACUUGGAAUUCAAGUGCACUCUAUGAACUACAAGCAAUCUUUUGUUCCAUCAGCACAUAUUUAUGGGCAUAAUAGAUGGUAUAGAUCCCCUAUUGAUCAAAAACUGCCAAUUGCUCAUCUUUCAAUUGAGAAUUCUCAUGUAGGAAUUAAUGGUGAAUCAUCAGCAAGUGGUGAUGCUGCAAGAUUCGAAAGUAGUGUACGAAAGUUUGGUCCAGCAACGGAGGGGAUGGGCACCGAUCAAGAUGAGUUGAAGCUUGACUUGUCUUUGAAGCUCUAAGUAGUCUAGUUUAAUUCUUCCUUCUUGUUUAAUUGUUCUUGUUUUUCUAGAGUUUUUUUCUUUGAUUUUUAAUUGCAUCUUUUGUAAUUGCAUUUUGGUUUCAGAGGACUUGAAGAGAUUUUGCUAUUGGCAAUUCUAAAGUUGGAAAAACUUUCCCGAUUCUACAACUUUGAGGCUUGAAAGUGUGAACUUCAAAGUUUCCUUAUGCGCUCUAAUGUGCU